UUCAUUUUUGUUUAAUUUUAUUCAUCUGCUGAUGAAAGUUAAACUUUGAUCAAUAUGUUAACUUGAAUGUUCAAUUUUAAUCUCAACUUUGUCAUUAUUUUGAGGUGAAUGAUUUCUUUGCCAAAGGUAUUGAUAAAAUGUGACUAAACUGAAAUUAUAAGCAGUUUUAUUAAUUAUUUCAUCAAUCAAAUUACAAUAUAGCAAACAUGCUCAAGUUGGUCAGGUUUGCUUUUGCUUUGUUAUUCCUGUUAAAUGGUGGUCCAUGAAAAUACAAAGACUUUUUAUUGACAAUGGUCAAUAAUGUGUUACAUAUUUCUAUGGCUACGGUCAAUGGGACUCUGUGUUUCCAUCCAUUCAAGAUAUACAUAUUAAUUAAAGAAAGCUAACUCCAUGGAUAAUUAUGGUCCAGCAUCUUGAUCAUCUUUCCUUUCAUUUGUUUGGUUUUAUAUGCUAAAUAAUGGCUGAUUGAUUGGUUACUCAUCAAAUUAUUCAAAUGAAUUAUCUCCAAGUUAUACGUUUACUAAGUGAGUUUUUACAGUUACAGGCCAAAAAUGUGUAGUUAACUGACUGUUAUAAAUGACUCUAUGGGUUGCGGUAGUAGUGCGUCUUAUCGAAGAAAUGAUCAAAUGUCACGACCAGAUACAAAAAAUUUAAGGACCAACGGGAACAAUACAAAGUCGAUUGAAAUAACUAAGGAAGCUCUUCAAAGUUAUCUUGACUUGGAACACGCAAUUCGUGAUCAGGAGAAGAAACACAUUUUAGAAACUUAUCAAAUUAAAACUGAACAAUUAGACCAAUUGGAGGAAGCUUUGGUUCAAAUGGAAGAGUUGUUAGCUCAAUGUCAGGAUGAAGCAUCUUCAUUCAGUAAAAAACUUGGAAAUGGUGAUCUUCAUACUACUCGGGAAUUCAUUUUACGCAAAAGCUACACCGAUCAAAAAUUAUCAGGCGAUGAGGAAAAUUUUCUUGAUGUGCUCAACAAACAGUCUAUUCCAAAGGAACUCGUUGAAAGGGAUUACAAGAACACAUUAUCACAAAUCGAGGAGCUCAAAACGGACAUUGCAAGAUUAUCAAAGGAAGGUGAAAAAUUACAAAAGCUUUAUGCUUCGAGGGAUGAACUUUUAGAUACAAUUUUUGAAGGACAAUAUGGAAGUGACUUGGAGAAUCAAUUGGAACGAGAGUUGGACUGGUUAUUGGAACAGAAACGACAUGUUGAUCAAGCCUACUUUCGUUGGAGACAAGCUCAGAUUCAAGUUAAACAAGCUUGUGCUUUACUCUCUGAAUCUGUUCAAAAAUGGAAAGAUGUUCUUUCAAUUCCAAUAGAAGAAAAUGAGACUCGUUAUGAAAUGGUCGCUGAAGUUAGAAACAAGUUAUCAGAAGCAAGCUCUGACUUACAGUCUGCUCAACGUUAUUUGCCCAAUAUAACAUUUCCAUAUUGUUCGCCGGAUGAAAUAGCGACCCUCGAUAAAGCUAUAUCUUACAUAUUUACGGACAUGCAAACCCGAGAACGCCAUGAACAUGCUUUAUUUUGCUACCAAACGACUUACAAAAGGGCAGCGUCUCUUAAGCAAUGGUUGGAACAUGUUUUAACAUCAACAAUUUCUCGUGAUCUAUUUGAAAUUACAGAGGAUUGUAAGGCUCGAGCAUCUGAAUUAAGAAAUGAGAGAACCAGGUUGAUUAGACAAAGAAUUAAGGAGAUAACUGGAAACGAUUUAGACUAUGAUGGGAAAGGUUCACAUGAAUUGAGAGACAGUGGAGUUGACAGUGAAUUUGAUGACACAUCUACUGCAGAUGAACAAAUUGCACGUAUUUUUGAGUCAUCCAGAAGUGAGAGGAAAGGUGCCAAGUCGUUGACACCAGAUCCAACAAGAGUACCUUUCGUGAUGCCAACUCCCUUACCCUCAGCAGAUCUUGCACCAACACCUCAAAAAGAAGAAAUAUUUGGACGAAUCGAGUCGUUAAGAAACAGAUACAAGAAGGAAAUUAUGGACUUGGAGCGGAAUCAAAAAUUAAACCAAGCUCGAGUUACACAAGGAUUAAAAGAGAAACUCCAAGCUCGUCGAAGUCGCCGGAGUCGAUUACAAAUGCAUAAUAGAGAACUCGAAGCACUAAGAGAGACACCUUAAUUAGAUUUUGUAGUUACAAUUGUUUUAUUAUAAAGCGAAGAAAAAUACAAAAUUUAUCAUUGAUCGUAAAUGUUUAUAAACAUUUCAUUAUCUAUUUUCAUCAGUAUUUUCAUGAUUGUUAAGUGCCUGAUAAAUAAUUUUAAAUUUUGUCCCCGAAUCAGUCUGUGAAUCACUUUCCAUAUUUAUUAGUUUACAUCAACACUUGAUGUAUGUUAAUGUAACUAGUAACCUUUAUUACAACUUUGUAACAUUACAAAUUGUUACACUCGCUGUUUGUUAUUAGCAUAAUAAAAAAGUAUUAGAAAUAUAAAUUUGACUCCUACAAUUGUGUACAGAUUUUUUCUUGAUUUAAUCAUGAUUUGAGUGGAGCUUGAUCAAUGUAUGUUUGAAUAAUAGUUUUGUAUCUGUUAAAGGAUAUCCUUUAAAUCUUCUGGCGUAAAAUCCGCGAAAUCGGAGGCUGAAACAGCGGGAAGAGCAGCAGAGCAACGGAUCCGAUGUGUGGCAUACUGAAAUACAUUGAAUGAAUUAUUACAAUUCAAACAUUUAAUGGACAGAGCCUUGUACAGUCCCUCUUCCAUCUUGCUCAUAAAGCGAAAAAAUGGAGGUACAAAGUUUUGAAAACACCCUUCAGUAGGACAGGCAUAAAUCUUUUCUCCUCUCGGGCCAAUACGAGUUCUAGCUUCGGGAUUGAAGGAAGUGCAAUCAAUACAGCUUGAGCAAAAAACACGGCGACAAAAGACCUGACCAUAACCACCAUCAUGGAUCCGUGGAGCCAACGCCAACCGGUGGCAUAUGC